CCGGUCGGGACGGCGGGACGGGCGGUCGGGCACGGCUCGGCGGGAAGAAGUUCUGACUAAGAAGCAAACCAGGAAUUUGGAAUAUAAGCGGGAAAUAAGACACCUGAGGUCAUGGGGCGAAAUUACUGGCUGAAAGAGGAACCAAUAAUGCCGGCACUGAACUGGAAGCCCUUUAUCUAUGGAGGUUUAGCAUCAAUCACUGCAGAAUGUGGUACUUUCCCCAUUGAUCUGACGAAAACACGUCUCCAAGUUCAGGGUCAAGUUAAUGAUGCCAAAUAUAAAGAGAUCCGCUACCGUGGAAUGAUGCAUGCCCUGGUCAGAAUAUGCAGAGAAGAAGGAUUGAAAGCCUUAUACUCUGGGAUUGCACCUGCAAUGCUACGGCAAGCUUCAUAUGGAACGAUAAAAAUAGGCACUUACCAGAGCUUAAAAAGAAUGUUUGUAGAGAAUCCAGAAGAUGAAACCCUCAUGAUGAAUGUUCUGUGUGGCGUUCUUUCGGGAGUCAUCUCGUCAUCUAUUGCCAACCCUACAGAUGUCUUAAAGAUCAGAAUGCAAGCUCAAGGUAGAAUGAUUCAAGGAGGAAUGAUGGGAAACUUCAUAGAGAUCUACCAAAAGGAAGGCACUAAAGGAUUAUGGAAGGGAGUAUCAUUGACAGCACAGAGAGCUGCUAUUGUUGUUGGAGUGGAGCUGCCAGUGUAUGACCUUACCAAGAAGCACAUAAUUAUGUCUGGAUAUAUGGGAGAUACGGUAUAUACUCACUUCCUUUCCAGUUUUCUUUGUGGGUUAGCUGGAGCCCUUGCAUCCAACCCAGUUGAUGUUGUAAGAACACGCAUGAUGAAUCAGAAAAGCCAACAUGGGGGGCACUCAACCUACAAGGGCACUUUGGAUUGCUUGUUACAGACAUGGAAGAAUGAAGGCUUUUUUGCGCUGUAUAAAGGGUUUUGGCCAAACUGGUUAAGACUUGGUCCUUGGAAUAUCAUUUUCUUUCUGACAUAUGAACAGCUGAAGAAAUUGGAUGCCUGACAUGCUGUGCUGUGUACAGAAUUCUGUGAAUGUACUGAGUUCAGAGCAAUGUGCAAGUUGUCUUGAGUGUUUGCUCUUUAUUGUCUGAGCUGCUGGCCAAAGGAAGAGGUCACUGCAAGACUGACUGAGAGGAAUCUGGAAGUGAUUUCAAGGCAAACUGGCUCCUGUAACCAUGGUUUGUGCACGUGAUUCAGUGGAUGUGUGCACUGUUUUUCAGACUGAACUUAACAUGGUGGAAUACCUUCUGUCGACUCUGUUUCAGUGUCCUGAUGCAACUUUGUGCAUCUGAGUCUCAAAGCAUAGUGGUUUAUAAGAGUCAAAGAACAGGUUUUUUCCCUCUGUAUUUCCAU